GGGCGCUCAGUAACCACCCAGCGGGCCGUGUGAGAGGACGUACGCAUGCGCUCUCCCGGUCCCGUGUGCCAGUGACCCUCCGCCUUGGUCGCGCGUGUGCCUAUGGAUGUUGUCUUCUGGAUUCUCCCCUGUUACCGUGUUGUGGUCGUGGCACGUUGCAUCGGGAGUUGAAGUGUUGAUUAACUUUUGGUCAUUUUGAGUGCUGGGGGAACACUUUGCCUAGAACUGCAUUUUGCGGUUUGUUUUCUCGGAAGGACCGUGGGAGUGUAGCGAAGCUCUAAAAAAACUGUUUCGUGUAUUCCCUACUAAAAUAUUUGGAGGAGCUUGUGGAUUUUUGUGGAUGUGUUAAUUACGAAUAUGGGAUAAGUGACUUGCAAGACGCGCUGGCUAUUCGUGCAAAUUGGCUGGAUAGUGGAAUACAAUGAAUAUUUACUUCAAUGGCUGCUUAUGAACGAUGACCCUCGUUCACGUCCGCUGAAUUAAGUGAUCGGAAACCCGAGUGCCCUUUUGGCGUACUGCGUGACCAUGCCUUCAGGAGAAGUCAUGGGCGUGAAGCAGCAGCCCACGUCUUCGGGCGUGGGUGGGCUGGAGGAAGACAAGAAGGCAGUGUACAAAAACGAUGACGAAUACGACGAAGAUCUGGCGCAGCUGGACAUGCUGUUGCACUACGUAAACAACCUGUCUGCUUCUUUGGAGUUCCUCGCUUGGGAAAACAAACGCAUCUCGACGGACCUGGUACCGACCCUGCUGAACAUGUACGAUGCUCUCUACGCCAGGCUCAGCGAAGGCGCCGACGCCACCACCACCACCCCCUCCGGCAAAUCCUGCGACCGCGAUGAAGGAGGAGGGAGAGGCGCAGGAGGAGGAGGAGGAGGAGGGGGAGGAACUGGAGGAGAGAAGAUGGGGUUUAGUAAUGGCAGUUUAGAUUUAAGUAAAAUUGGUCUGGAGGAGCGCGCGUCAACCAAAGAGAAUGGAAACAGUGGUGCUACAGAAAAUGGGUUAAACAGUUUUAAGGAAAGCGGGAUGUGUGACGAACGGCUUUUCAUCGAGGAAAAGGACGUCGAGAAUGAAAAUCAAGUGAACAAUAACUGUGUCAAAUGUGAUAAGUGCGGCAUGCUCAGAACUAGCAAGGAUGGCUGUCGGUGUAGUGCGAAGUGCGUCAUUGCGGAGUCCAUAACGUCCAUGUUCGAGACCAUCGAGAACGACCUCGCCUCGCCCGAGCCCUUCUACGACAACGUGGACAAGCGGCGCCCCAGGAGGGAGCACAUCUACGCCGAGCCUCAGUUUCUGAUCAAACCCAAAGACAGUCCAAAGUCGACCACCUCCUCCUCCUCCUCCACCAACACGUGUUCCUCGUCCGCCUCCUCCUCCACCCUCACCUCCACCACUUCCACCACCUCUUCCUCGUCAGACAAGCUCCCGGGGACGCCCGCCUCCCCUCCCAUGGGCUUCGACCCGAGGAAGCUCAAAGACGUGUACCGGCCUCUGUCGUCGAUCUCGUCGUCCUCGUCUUCGUCCUCUAACUCUCUCCCUCGAGGCCCACCCGGAGUCGCCACCUCGUAUUUGGCGUCGGCCGAGAGCUUGGAGGACAACGAUGCAGACCACUCGGACACCGAGGAGACCACCCGCAGGAGAGACCGAACCAUCAAGACCAGGCGGGAGAAGGCGCAGCGCACAGGCUGUCUGCUCUUACCCCAUGACAUUGACUUCAGCUCACAGUUCCCAGGUGAGUGUCGCGGCCUUGCAGGGUCCCUCUCGCACCAGGCCGGGGCGAAGGCGGGCGGGAACGGUUCCGGUGACAGCGGCGUCCAGUGCCAUAGCAUCAGCCUGCCCGCUCCGCCCACGCUGAGACCUCGUUACUGCGACCCCAACCUCGCUUACAUGGACAGGAUAGUGUUGGAGAUCGUGGAGACGGAGGCUAUUUACGUGCGGGACCUGAAGGAGAUCAUUGAGGGUUACUUGGAGUACUGGAGGCGACAGCCAGAGUCCGGAGUCACACAAAGACAAGUAGACGAUCUCUUCUCCAACAUCGAGCAGAUAUACGCAUUUAACAAGGGGUUCCUGUCAGAACUGGAGGCAUGCGGUGUGGACCCCGUGGAAGUGGCUCGCUGCUUCGUGAGGAACAACAACGGGUUCGCGAUUUACACGCAAUACUGCACCAAUUAUCCCAGGACGGUGUCGGUACUGACCGAGCUCAUGCGCGGAGAGGCCUCCGUGCGAGCCUUCCGCGAGCGGCAACUCGCCCUCGGCCACACCCUUCCUCUCGGCUCGUAUCUCCUCAAGCCCGUGCAGCGCAUCCUCAAGUACCACCUCCUCCUCGGAAACAUCGUCAAGCACUUCGAGAAGGAAUGCAGUGGUUACUCCGAGAUCUGGAACGCCCUCUCGGCGAUGACAGGGAUGGCGCACCACAUCAACGACAUGAAGCGGCGCCACGAGCACGCCGUCAGAGUGCAGGAGAUCCAGUCGCUGCUCUACGGCUGGCAGUUUGAAGACCUUACUACCUAUGGCGAACUAGCAGCGGAGGGAACGUUCAGAAUGUGGGGCGCGAAGGGCCUUCGACAUGUGUUCCUCUUCGACAAAAUGAUCCUUAUCGCCAAGAAGAAGGAGGAAAAUAUUCUUAUGUACAAGACACACAUUCUGUGUUCAAACUUGAUGUUGAUCGAGUCUGUGCCCGGAGAGCCUCUCAGCUUUCACGUGAUUCCGUUCGAUAACCCGAGAAUGCAGUACACCCUGGAGGCGCGGAGCUUGGAGCAGAAGAGAGAGUGGACGCUGCAGCUGAAGAGAGUCAUUCUUGAGAAUUACAGUGCCAACAUACCCGCUCACGCCCGACAGCUGGUCAUGGAACUCGGCCAGAGCAAACCUGACGACGUGCUGAUGUCGGAAGUGCGCAGCAGCGGGCGGCGAGCGCACCACGCCCCUGAGUACCUGGAGAAGAGGAAGGUGGACCGGGAACGGCGGAGAUCGUCUGAGGGAGGACUCAACACCAAGCUCAGACUCCGGCGAUCCAGCAGAACGAGGAAGGAGAAAGAGGAAAAGGUGACGCGAAGCCGGAGCGUGAGCCGCACUAGAGACACCGAGGACGAGGAGAUGGACCGAAAGGUGUCAACAACCUCAGCGCCUACGUCGUGUGAGAAGCCAAAGUUGAAGUUGACGAUGUGGGGGCGCCGCCGCUCAGAGCCCGGCAUCGGCAGCCGGGAGUCGCUCUCGCUGGCCUCCACCAUCAACCUGGACGAGGGGCUGGACACCCCGCCCUCCAGCCUGGUCCAGACGCCGCAGCCCCUCGACGUAGCCACGCCCUCCGGACCAGCCACCCCCGAGGUGUCCCUUGACGGAGUUUCCAUGUCCGAGUACGAGCGGGAGGACGGCGAGGGGACCAGGACGGGCAGGGAAUACGAAGAAGGCAGCGAGAACGGAGAAAACCUCGAAGAGAUCAUCAGUCAGCUUCUCCAGAAUAAACUGCAGCUUCAGAAGCUUCUCCUGAGCAAGCAGCGCCGAGGCUUGAUGAGAAAGCUCCCACUCCGCUACGAGACGUCCGACACGGAGAACGAGGACGGCCCCUUCAAGGCCAACGGCUCGUACGCGGGCUCGGACGCCGGCGACACACUCCGGCACGAGGACGUGGGCGACUAUGUGGACUUCUAUUUCAAUGGCAUGGGCAAGGAGGGAGAGUGUGCCACACAGACUGAAAGUGCCAAUGUUUCCAGUAGUGAAUGCCAGUCGAUGUACAGCAGUGCCGUCUCAGUGCAUCAACCGUGUGAUAAUAAGUCUCUGUCUAAUGAAAAGAAGACGAAGCCAGUGAGAAGAUCGUCGUCCGACCUCAGCUUCAAGAAGAUGCCAACACUCAAGAAAAUGAACUCGAAUUACGACAAUCUGCUCAACAUCUGGAGCACGAUAAGAGGGAAAAGCCCAGAGAAGAGGCAGAGCGGAGCAUUCCAGCAAGUCAAGGUAUCACAGACUCCCACAGCGACUUUAGAGAGGCCGAGGUUAAGACGGGCUCAGUCCUUCUCCGCGGAGAAGUGUCUAUCGAAUAACCACGAAAAUAUUUACGUCUCGGCGGCGCAGCUCACGCCCCAGCCCCACACGGCCCCCGCGGAGACCUCGAAGCCCCCGGAGGUGUGGGUGCGCGACGAGAGCCCCCGGGAGAACCGCGAGCGCCCGGUCACCAUCGCUUUCUACAACAGCAACGAGGUGAGUCUGAGCGCGCUCGAGCAGUACCUCAACCAGCCCCGGCCUCCGAGACGGUGCAGCGAGCGGUUCCCUUACGACACCGAGGACAACAUGACGGAUUACUCCAUGACGCCGCACAUGAGCAUGGACAACAUCCUCAGCAUACAUCCCGAGCACAAGAUCUACAAGUCCACAAAUAAUAAAUCGACGUUAAAGACUGUGCUAAACAAAAUUACGAGUCCCAGAAACAACAAGACCGUGUCAGAACCUUCAGGCUCAGUCUACAAUUACUCAAUGGAGAGUGAGCUUGACAAGGGCAUGGAUAAGAGAGCGAGUAAAAUGGUAUAUAACAUGGCGAGACAGUGCUCCAAAACCCUGAAGGAACGCAUAAAGCAGAUCCGAGCCGAGGACAUCGAAAAAGCCCCUGUCCCCAAGUCCCCAACGGAGAACGUGUACGCCCUGCCGAUAUACAAGCAGGGGAGCUCGAGUAUCGGGGCUCGUUUGGCUGGUACGAACGAGCCUUCCGACUAUGCCGUGCCGAGAAUCCGACCUCUUGACCAGAAACCCAAGUCCGACCUCAGACCCGACUCGGUUCUCUCUUCUUCCUCCAUCCUCACAUCUUCCUCGUCCUCUUCCUCGUCUUCCAGUCGUGAUACGAAAUUUUUAGAAGGCAUUGAAGUCUCUAAUAACAUGGCUAAUGUGGAAGAGGAAAAUGAGGAAAAUCAAGAAACCCCUUCAUUCGACAGCGACGCCUCAGCCGACAGUUAUUAUGAACGAUCUUUUGAGGCGAUAGAGAACCUUGAGACCGAGAUAUUCCGAGACAGUGCCAUCUAUAGCGACCCCGAAGACACGGAAUCCCCCCCGAACAGCCUGAAUCAGGAGCGGCCAUCCACUAGUCCCAAGUCCAAGUCCCCGAAUUCCAAGAAGUUCUCCCCCAGAUCUUCUACAAAGGUCACGAAGAAGGCUGUGUCCCCCAGCCGCCAUGCCUCCCCCGAGAUCGUGGUGACGCCUGAGGAGCCGUCGGCCGCCGCGGAGGCCGAGUCGACGUCCUCCAGCGGCGUGGCAUCCAUCAGCCCCCGAUCGUCCCCACAGGCGAAGAAGGUCCCGCCCCCCGUCCCCGCCAAGCCUGACAGCAUAAAGACCAAACGCCCGUGCGGGAACCUCAUUAUGCAGCAGCUCAAGAACCUGGAGGAGUGCAGGAAAUUCAGUCGCGACGACCAAAACAGCAGCCCCUCGUUCGACGGCUUCCGAAGCCUGGACGACCGCCGAAAAGAGCUGGAGGUGUGUCGGGUCAAAGGGGACGACGGAGAAGAGCCCAGCGCGUCCCCCAGAGGAACCCCAGAGAGAGAAAACAGUGCGGACAGGAGCUCUCGGUCGCCGAGAUCCCCCACUCUCGUGACUCCUCCUAUUAUAAAAAAUCCCAUUACUUUAUCUCCCCUUAGUUUACCCGUGACUAGGUCGUCCUCAGUACCACCCAGACUUUCCCCUCGCCCCUCACUCACGCCCGAGUCUCCGCUGCCUGCAUCUGUCGGAACGCAGAGUCCAGCAGGGAGCGAGAGGGCGUCGCCACUGCCGCCGACAUGCCAAGAUGGGGAGGAGCUGGAUGAGCCGCGCGUUGCCAGGGGUUGGGUGCGACAUGUUAUAGGGAAGUUACAAGCGGAAACAGACGUGUGAUAGUUUUAUAUAUAUGUGUGUGUGUGUGUGUGUGUGUGUGUGUGUGUGUGUGUGUGUGUGUGUGUGUGUGUGUGUGUGUGUAUGUAUGUAUGUAUGUAUGUAUGUAUGUGUGUAUAUAUAUAUAUAUAUAUAUAUAUACUGUAUAUAUAUAUAUAUAUUUGUGUGUAUGUGCGUGUAACUUGCUAUUUAAUGGCGUAAUAGCUCACAGACAAUAAAGUGCAUUGUGUUAUAACAGUAAAAUACGGUGUUAAGCGACAAAUGAAAAUAAACAAAUUUAGAUUGUGAAAAGUUAUAACCGAUGGACAUCCUCACCAGAGGAUUUGAAUGUUAUAGCUGCAUUUCGAACCAAAAGUUGCCCGAAACCCUUUUGCCCUUCAGUAAGUUCUAUGAACUUAUAUCAAAAUAGAUGAGCUUGCCAUUGCAUUAUCCAGUGAAGACGAAUGUGGAGAAAAGGCAUUGACUUUGCUGCACAAUUGGUUUUUUCAUACAAACUAGUCAAAGACAAUCUCUUUACGGCAUAGUGUAAAAUAAAUCAAGGUCAAAAACUAUCGAAAUCUUGCAUUUAUCGCUCUUCAUGUUAAACUCUUCUUUCUUUUUUACCUUAUAAUUAAUACCCUUUCGGCUUUAUUAUACUUUGCCAUUGUUUCUCUCCAUUUUACUUGAAGUUUUUGACCUAUAUGUAUUAUUUUUGUUGGUGCUUUAAAUAUGCAUUAUUGAAUAUUAAUUGAGAUUUGCUUUCAUUUCUAGUUCCAUGUGAUGGCUUCCCCCAUAAUUGAAUGCUAUUAAUUUUAACUAAAGAUUCUAUGUUUUAAUCCUCACCUUCUCUUACGCUCUGUCACUCAGUGAUUGUGUACAGUGUCACGAUUGCGGGAUGCGGUGGGAAUCGCUAUUGAUCCUAAGGCUGAAAAUCCUGUUUUUCUGUUCAGUCUUAGCACCUAUAAGAUUCUCACCGCUGUCCUGGCGGGAGUGAACUCUAUAUGAUUGUUUUCUUUUGGUACAUUAUUAUACGGGAACUUUUUAUUACAUUUGGAUGUUAAUGUAAGAAUCCUUUUUGUGCUUUUAUAAAGCAAAGAACCUAUGUACAGUUUAUACAUACUAUAAUGUUCUAAUAAAAAAUACAAUAUGAA